UAAAUCGUUAAGUUGAAAGUGGGACUGUGAUCACAAACACAUGUGUCGUGAUUUCGAUUCACCGAAACAGUGAAUGACAAUGAUGACGAUGGACAUAACUAUGUACGGUCACCAUAACCAGCAUAGCACGCCAUACAAUUCAAAUUCCGGUGAACCGAAUUAUUAUAAUUAUUCUGGUGAAUUGAACUCGUCUUCGCAUCAUCAAUUUCAGAAUUAUUAUUCCUCAAACUAUCACUACGAGGAACCUUAUUUGUAUGCAUCGGCUCCUUCCGAUACGGUAGAAGCUCCGUCGUCUCCCCACAAUGUCAGCUACUAUGCCCAGCAUCUACAAGAAACCCCUAUUGUAAAUACAGAUACAGGACUGACUUACACUAAUCUAGAUUAUUCUAACAGCACCUCUAACUAUAGUCAAAAUAAUUAUAACGAAAAUUUCCCAAGAGGACACUCUACUGACUUAUUACAUCACAACGAUAACUCCGAGGAUGCACAAAUUCAACAAAAUUACUUGCACGAUAAUAAAUUCCAAUUAGAUAUUAACGAUAGUAACUAUUUGAUAAAUCCAAAUGCCGCGUCAACGAGUGCUUGCAUGGAAUUUCAACAUUUACAUAGGUACAAACAGGAAAUGAUGCCAGAAGAACAUUCGAGAUUAAGGCAGCACCAUGGCUUACAUACGCUAACAUCUUCUUCUAUGCAGCAGCCAGCUUUACCGACUUAUAAAUGGAUGCAAGUUAAACGGAAUGUUCCUAAACCACCCGCGGCCAAGCUUCCAACCUCUUCUCUGACAGACUACCAGAAUGGCAGUUCAAAUAACCCAAACUUAGACGUUCAAAAUCCUGCUUCUAGAAGCGCCUGUUUAGGUUCAAAUGCUUCCAGUCUCUUGAAUCUAAACUGUUUGAACACCGGAAGGACAAACUUCACAAACAAACAGCUUACGGAACUAGAAAAGGAAUUUCAUUUCAAUAAAUACUUAACCAGGGCAAGACGGAUAGAAAUAGCUUCGGCGCUGCAGCUAAAUGAAACGCAAGUGAAGAUCUGGUUUCAAAAUAGGAGAAUGAAGCAGAAGAAAAGGAUGAAAGAAGGGCUAAUACCUCCAGAACCGGCUGUUAAUAAUGGUAGUAACAGCAAUUCGCCCACGUCUGUCGGUGCUGUACAAAACGAAUCUGUUGCUGGAAGCAACGAAAAUAGUCGUGAAUCAAACUGAUUUAAUCUAGUUUGUGUUAGGGAAAUGCAAUUUUAAAACGGUUACUAAAUAAUCAGGCUUUUUAUAAAUAACAGUCUUUUUGAAUUGAUAAAUUCUAUUAAUAAUUAAACUGCAAUGCUAAUUUUUUGGAUAUGAAUUUAUUAUUGUCGUUUUUUUAUUAUAACGAUGAGAAUAGAUAAGUAUUUAAACUAACUUGUGUGUUGAAAUAAAAAAAUUCUUUAAAUUUUUACCAGCUUCGCAGUAUUUAAUUCCUGAUAAUAACCCUAGAAUAUUUUUGUCUGGCGACCAUGUAUAACUAACCGAAGACGAAAUUAGUAAAAAAAGAAAAUAAAUUUUUGCGAAAUAUGUUUAUCUAGUCAUUUUACAUUAUACAGUUGUUUCGUAAGCCUUUAACUAAUGAUGUUAGAUAUUUGAUUUUUACAUUUAAUUAAUCUUCUUGACCCAUUAUUUAAUAUUUGAGACCAUUUGAAUUGUAAUAUUUUGGAAAAUAAAUGACUAUAAUAAUAGUAAAGUAACACCAAAUCUAGAAAAUUUGAACAACUUUUUAAAUGUAAAUGUAAAUCUGUACAUAAGAAAAUAUAAGGUUCCAAAGUUACGUACGAUGAUUAUAUGGACCAUUUUCCUUCUUUUUAUUUUAUUUUUAAUGAAAAUAUCAGUACCGGAGUAGGAACAAAACAGAUAAUUGUUUAUAAAAAAAGAAAACACUUAGUUAACACAGAUAAACAAAUAGUCAAUAAAUAACUAGUUUCGGCAUUUAUGGUCCAUCAUCAGGCCUAAAAAGCGGGGGUUUUACAAUUUUUUAAAUUACGAAAAAGUGAAUGACACCUAUUUUUAUAAUUAAAGUAAAGAACAAUCUAAUGUUUAAUUAAACUGAAUAUUUAUUUUUUUCUACAGAAUCUGAC